ACAGAGCUAGCUGACGUUGUUGACAUUUGUGCGCUAGUUGGAAGACAUUCUCUACUCGCUAUAAGAAAAUGGAUUACUAAUUUGCCGUUGUUUUGAUGAAUUGGAACAUCGAAACACUUUGCUACGAUAAAGGCACAAGGCAAGGUGUAUAAUUAUAUAUAUAUGAUAGUAAAGAUACAUUCAAUAUCAUUUGUGUACAUCGUGAGAAACCAGUUAUAUCCACAAUUACAGAGGUCCGGAGUUUUUUUUUUUUUAAUCUCAUGGAGUAAGAGUCUGAGUUCAACAAGCACACAAGUAAACUUCUUGAUCAAACAUCGUACUGUGUCUUUUCGCCAAUCAUCUAGAAACCAUUUCUUUGAAGCGGAACUCAUCGAAAGGCAGUAAGAUACUUCAAAUCUUUGCUGUGAAGCCUGGUGCUUUGUGGAUUCUGAUAAGGAGUACAAAAAUUUCCAUUCAAGGGAGAACAGAAAGAUUUUCAGUUGUACAACAUCAUGCAGACUUUUGUCAUGGUCAACCUUCUGGUAAUGUUUCUUUCAAAGGAGUCUUCUUAAGAAAAAAGGGCAAAAGCUCAAGCGUUUUCAAUUAAAGUUCUGAAGACUAGAAGAACUUUCCAUAAAAGAACAAAAAGAAAAACUUUGCAUCGAGCAGACUGUUUUGGCGGACUUCCACCAUCUGUCUUUAUUUGUAUGAAUAUGUAGUCAGAAACUUUUAAGACUUGAAAGUCUGUGCACUUUCUUUUUAGACUGUUGAAAAAAACUGUCUCAUACACUGUGGUUUUUAUGCAUAUCCAGCAUGAACAAGAGUUGAAGACUACAAGCCAUCAAACAAAGUUUUCAAUACUCUGUAUUGGUGACGUCCAGAACUAAAAAUGUUGGCAAUAACAAGUGCGAUAUGUUGCUUCUUCUCAGCUGUACUUCACACAGUGUUUGUCCAUGGGGAUGAAAGCAAAUGUACAGUCAAGUCAAAUGAAAACUGUUCUGUUAAAAUAACAUGUACGAUCAGCACAACCGCAUUUAUAGAAGGACAAUCUUUCAAUCUUUACCAUCACAUGGACGAGAAAAAAGAACGUAUUGCAGAACUGAACUAUGUGGGGGCUUUUUACCUUUGUCAUCCACUUAAAGGUUACUCGUGCCGCAAGUGUAAAGAUGUGUUUAAUAUCACCUCGUCCUCUUGUGAACCUAGAGGAGAAUUUAUGUUUUUCGCCGAUGGAGAACAGCCAGAGCGAUGUAGAAAUGAACUUCGCAGAAGAAGAGAGAGUGGUGACGAUAGAUGUGACGAAGAUAGUUUAUCAGAGAAUGCUGGUAUACAGACUUUGGGAUUCAAUACAAAUAAAAACAAAGAGGAUGAAGUGGACAAAGAAGACGAUGCGCAAACAGGAGGUGUGAAUAGUUUAGCUAUCGGCCUUUCUGUUGGUGGCUUACUUACCGCGAUGGUCAUUGUCUCACUAAUCUUGAUUCUUCUAAGACGAAAUCGCUUGAAGCAGAAUAAUCGAAAUGGAAAGGAUGUAGAGCUGCAAAAGUCAACUGAAAAUACAAACGAUCCUUUACUUUCGAGAGGAUGUAACGGGCAGCCUACAAGACCAGAAGAUAAAGAAAGGAAUUCUUUUCUUUCAAACAAAGAAACGUCUGACCACAUCUGAUCAACACGAACCUAACCUUGUACAUGACUUCAUAAUGCACUCAGCUCUUGUGAAAUGCUAUAUGGCCACCAAUUAUGUUCUAAAGACGAUUUAAUGCCUGCCAGCGACAUUGUGGACCACGUGACCUACCUGUGACCGCCACACAGCUUUGACAAGAGCCGCCGAGAUAAUUCUAGCAAGUGCAUCAGUGAGUGUGACACGCAAGCUAUGGUACCUGGAAUCUUCGGUGUAAAGAGGAAAUGCUGUACAGUGUAUAGUGAGAGUGAAAAUUAAUUAAUUAAGAGUGGGGUAGUCGCAGUCACAGUAGUAAACAGUAUAGAGUUGAGAAAACUAUUGUGAGAGUGUGUGUCGCCGAUAGCAUAGUUUGUUGUAUCAGGCAUGUGUCACCACAUAGUUUGUUGUAUCAGGCGUGUGUCGUCGCCACCACAUAGUUUGUUGUAUCAGGCAUGUGUCACCACAUAGUUUGUUGUAUCAGGCGUGUGUCGUCGCCACCACAUAGUUUGUUGUAUCAGGCAUGUGUCACCACAUUGUUGUGCCUGGCGUGUGUCGCAUUUAGUCAGCGAGUAUCGCUGCUAUUGAUCAGACUUGUGACGCGCGUGUCGCUGUUGAAGUAGCAGGAGUCGUUGCUAGGAUACUCUCCGUGUGUGUCCCUGAUUGUGUAUCCGCAGUGUCGUUGAUUUGCCAGCGUGUAUGACUCGUGGACAUCGUUGUACAAACUGUAAAUAAAGUUUUCUCGUUUGAAAUAUUUUCGAUUGUGAAGACUCAGUUUCCGGGAGAGGCUUGUAUAGUAGAUUUAGGACCCGAAACGAGCCACUGACGACGACAUAAGCUCAUUCGAUCCAUUUAAAUGCGGGACAACAAGCAUCUCACUUUCCCCGUAACAAGGAUACAUGUAAAGCCAAAGAAAGAGUGUGAUUCGUGUUUUUAUAACUAUUUUUACUCUCCAAAUUAAUAAUAAAGUAAGUAUAAACACAAGAAUACAACUCAUGACUAGUCGUUUCAUGCAUUGUGAAGGUGUUUGGCCUCUAUUUCCUCACAUUAUUUUAUUUUUUUUCGUUUUGCUUAGUCGCUUUGGCUGUUGCGAUUAUGUGACGAUGAACAUGCAGCAAUGAGUAUGGUAGGUCAGUAGGCUGUAUUGAUCAAAGUGCAAAUGUUUUUUACCUUACACAACGAUUGAAGUUGGGAAAAGCUCACAACGCCCUGAAAUAAUACGUGGGCUGCUAUUGUAAAGAUUCAGACCCCUAGUCUUAGCUUUAGGAGUUUCGCAAUAUGUUGUUCGUGUGCAAUAUAAGAUGUGAAUAAAUAUAUAAACAUAAAGCUUUCGUCUAAAGCUA